CAAAGCUGUGCAUAUAGCCCCUGCACGUCAAGUAGCUCCACGGGCAGUCUUGCGAUCACGUCUGUUGAUCGAUAACCGGCCGAAUCCGAUUUUCUGACCUUGCGCAGCAUUUUGCGCGAGGCCGUAACGGCGGAACCAUCGCAGAGGCCGCGACUCCCCUCACCAAUUAAUCAAUGCGUCGUGGGACUGGCAGGCUCAAACUAGUAGAGAUCGAAAUCUAUGACAAUAUUGUCGAGUUUGCUAAACUAAUAUUGAAUCGUCAAAGACUUUAAACAUCAUGGCGAGCAGCACGGGUUCUGCGAACAACUCCAUAAAGGUGGUGGCGCGGUUUCGACCACAGAAUAAGGUCGAGCUGUCCAGUGGAGGAGAACCGAUAGUCGACUUUGAAUCGGAAGAUACAUGCCGUCUAAAUUCAAAGGAAGCAACCGGUGCUUUUACAUUUGAUCGCGUCUUUGAUAUGAACUGCCGUCAAAACGAUGUCUUCGAUUUCUCUAUCCGAUCCACGGUCGACGAUAUUUUAAAUGGCUAUAACGGAACCGUCUUUGCCUAUGGCCAGACAGGUGCGGGAAAGUCUUAUACCAUGAUGGGAUCAGAUAUCGACGACGAUGAUACGAAGGGAAUAAUACCACGGAUUGUGGAACAAAUAUUUGCGAGUAUUUUGGCCAGUCCAGGGAAUAUCGAGUAUACAGUUAGGGUCAGCUACAUGGAGAUUUACAUGGAGAGGAUCAGGGAUUUGUUGGCUCCUCAAAAUGACAACCUUCCGGUGCACGAAGAAAAGAAUAGAGGUGUAUAUGUCAAGGGUCUUUUGGAAAUCUACGUCUCUAGCGUACAGGAAGUUUAUGAGGUCAUGCGCCGCGGUGGAAACGCCCGAGCAGUGGCUGCCACGAACAUGAACCAGGAGUCAUCACGGUCCCAUUCGAUUUUUGUCAUCACAAUCACCCAAAAAAAUGUCGAAACUGGCUCCGCAAAGAGUGGCCAGCUCUUUCUUGUUGACCUGGCCGGUAGCGAAAAGGUCGGGAAAACGGGUGCGAGCGGCCAGACUCUUGAAGAAGCAAAGAAAAUCAACAAGAGUUUGAGUGCAUUAGGAAUGGUGAUUAAUUCUCUGACUGACGGCAAAUCUACACAUAUCCCCUACCGAGACUCGAAGCUUACCAGAAUCUUGCAAGAAAGUUUGGGUGGAAAUUCAAGAACAACACUGAUCAUCAACUGCUCUCCGAGCAGUUACAAUGACGCGGAGACUAUUAGCACCCUAAGAUUUGGUGUCCGGGCGAAAUCGAUCAAGAAUAAGGCAAAGAUCAACGCUGAGCUUAGUCCGGCAGAGCUGAAGCAGCUACUCAAAAAGGCUCAACAUCAGGUAACGACGUUUGAAAAUUAUGUGUCAACCCUGCAAGGUGAAAUUCAGCUGUGGCGGAGCGGCGAGAGCGUUCCGAAAGAGCGUUGGGCUCUACCACUUGCCAUAGAUGGCAUACCUAAUCUGAAGUCGGAUACGAAACCGCGGCCUGCUACUCCGUCCAGACUGCAGAAUGCAGACCAAGGAAGGACGGACAGUCCUUCUCGACCGGAUUCAAGACUUGGAGACCGCGCGAGCACGCCAAGCAUCCUUCUUGAUAAAGACGAAAGAGAGGAAUUCCUACGCCGCGAAAAUGAAUUACAGGAUCAGAUUUCCGAAAAAGAGACCCAACUGGCAAAUGUUGAAAAAACUCUGAGAGAGACAAAAGAGGAGCUACAGUUCCUCAAAGACCACAACUCGAAGACAGCAAAGGAGAAUGAAAAGCUUACCAGCGAAGUUGAUGAGAUGAGGAUGUCUCUUGAAAGGAUUAGUUUCGAGAGCAGAGAGGCACAAAUUACCAUGGAUGGGCUCAAAGAAGCCAACUCGGAGCUCACGACAGAGCUAGAUGAGGUGAAGCAGCAAUUGUUGGAUGUGAAGAUGAGCGCAAAGGAGACAACCGCUGCGCUGGAUGAAAAGGAAAGGAAGAAGGCAGAGCGAAUGGCGAAGAUGAUGGCUGGUUUUGACUUGGGCGGCGAAAGUCUCUCCGAGAGCGAAAAGAGCAUCAACGACGUUAUUUGGCUUGUGGAUUCAUUGCUCGAAGCUACGACUGUGGGCUCUGAAAUGAGACCAGAUGACAUCAAAAACAUCAGGUCUAAGCUUUCUGAGACGCAAAACCUUGUUCGGCAGAUGGAUCUUUCGUUGCAUGUUCAAGGCGAAGAUACCGCGGCGCACCAGAAACGCAGAGACGAGCUCGAAGAGCGGCUCUCAAACGUACAACGAGAAUACGAAGAGGUCCUCGAGCGCAACUUAAGUAGCGAAGACAUCGAGGAAGUCAAGUCUCGCCUCGCGAACGCUUAUUCCGAUAGAGACGAUACUCGCCAUCUCUCAAUCGAGCAGCUCAAGGAAGACCUUGAGCGGGCUUCAAAAGAGAACGAAAAACUCAAAGCGGAUAUUGCAAAUACACGGCAAGCACUGAAAGCGGGCGCACUCAAUGGCCUUGCUGCGCCGACGGGCGGAAGUGGAAAGUCCGUGCAGCAACAGAUUGCCGAUUUUGAUGCGAUGAAAAAGAGUCUAAUGCGGGACCUUCAGAAUCGCUGCGAGAGAGUGAUCGAACUGGAAAUAUCGCUAGACGAAGCCAGGGAGCAAUAUAACAACGUCCUCAAGAGCUCCAACAACCGGUCCCAACAGAAGAAAAUGGCAUUCCUCGAGCGGAAUUUGGAGCAACUGACACACGUGCAACGCCAAUUGGUCGAGCAAAAUGGUAGUCUCAAGAAAGAAGUUGCGAUCGCGGAACGGAAAUUGAUCGCUCGAAAUGAACGGAUACAAAGCCUCGAGGGAUUGUUGCAGGACAGUCAAGAGAAGUUGACGGCAGCAAAUCACAGAUUCGAGGCUCAGCUCACGGCCGUCAAGGAGCGACUUGAAGCAGCAAAGGUCGGUUCUACGCGUGGUCUUUCCUCUUCGCCUUCGUCGGGCGGGUUCAGCUUUGGAGGGGCUGGUUCCAGGAUAGCUAAACCCCUGCGUGGCGGAGGGACGAUGGAAACCAGCGGUAUGCCUCCCAGCUUCCCGACGGUGCAAUCUCAGGAGAACAGCAGCGGCAACAAAAGAAGCAGUUGGUUCUUCAGCCCGAGAUCGUGAUUGAUCCGAUACCAGAAUCAUAUGCCAUUCGGACUGUAUAAGCCAUCAAGCACGUAUCGUCGCCAUGAUCCGGAUUACAAGUCACAAACAAUGUUGGCCCCUUGACCGCACGACGUGAUCUCUACGGAAGGAUUAAUACAGCGAGAUUCUCUGCCUGACGUCCUGCAGCGGUUCUUAUUCGAUAUACCACCAGAGUUUUCAUAUGUUGAAGUCUUGCUGCAUAAGAUAAACGCAUUGUAAUUAGAUAUUAGACGCGGCGUUGAGCGCCU